AUGUAUGCAAGUGCGCCACGCGGGGUCGCUCAACGAACGCAGGCCACCCCCUCGCCCCCAUUCCCCCUGGAGCCCACCUCCAACCGCGCACAUUUGACAGACGAGCCUCUAACGAGUCUUAUCGAGCCUAUCGUCGACACGAGCCGUGGGCCCGCGAGUGCAGUGAGCAGAGAAUGUCUCGACGGACGAGGUGUUCGGUGUGGGUGUGUAAGGCGCGUGGUGAGCCUAGGCGGCGGGCCACUCCUUGUUAAACUCGUUGAAGUGUUUGGGCGCGUGGUGCGGAUGCGGAUGCACACCUGGCGGCUGCGCGGCGCCCGAGUGGUACUCGCCGCCCGCGCUGUAGGCCCGAGAAGCGCCGCCGUACGACGAGCCCUAACCAUCCGCACACGUUAA